AUGAGAAAAGACUCAAGGACAUGUUCCAAAAGGAAGACGACGAGUGGUGAGUAUUCCACUCUACUGGAAAAGGAGAAAAAUCCUAAAACGAAAGAUAGGCACAACGAUGAUGAGAACUUCCAGUGCCAGUUCUCUUCCCUGAUGAGAGCAGUUCUGUCAUUAAGGAAAAUUAAGGCCAAUGUAACCUCGAACGAUACCGGAGAUAAAACGGUAAUAUCAGAUAGCGUGCAAUUUGCAGCCAGCCACCCUCUAUACCUCAAAACGCAGGGGCUUCUCGAGUCUGCUCGCAAUCUAAUCAGUGAGCUAGACAACAUCAGUACCCAUGCGCUAAAAUCCAAGCUUCCCCAGGACCCAAAGGAAGGACUUGAGAAGGACACAGCAGAAGCACGCCGUCUUAUUGCUCGCGGCGCAGAAGCAACCGCGCUGGCAAUAGAGAAACAACUGGUAUAUAAUGGGAAAAAUGGUCAAUUGCGGGAUAGAAAGGAGGAGGCGUUCUUGAAUGACAUCGACUUGCAGGCUAUGCUUGACAUGGGAAGAGAUGCACUAAAUGGAGGUCCUGGCAACGGCAGGAAACCUCAGAGCUGGGGGAUCGUGGCACGCCAUCUGCAAAGGGGAAUGCAUGAGCUCGUCAAGGCCUUGCCUCGGGCAAACUGA